AUGGAGGAAGAGAUUAUGAGACGCCCACAGCGUCUAGGAAUCGUUCCGUACGCAGCUUCUCCCAAAAGGCCGCCGACAGAGACGUUUUCUGACGAAGAAGAAGAAGCCCAGAGAGGAAAACGUGCUCCGGUAAGGAACGACCUCGCUCUGUUUUCACGCAAGACUAGUAAGCGUUGUUUGGUGGUGCUGCCCUGCCAGGUGGUGUGUACUUCCAUUUGUUACGACUGUGUAAACGUGUUCUACAUAUUGUUGCUAUCAGGUGACGUUGAGCUGAACCCCGGUCCUCCAGUCACACGCCCUCGAACAGAAGACGAUCUAUCGGCUGUCGAAAAACUUUUCAAACUGUUCGAGGCAAAGCUGGAUGAAAAGCACCCUGAACUGUUAAUCGAAAUUAAGUCAAUACACUUAAAACUUGAGGACACGGAUAAAAGGCUCAACAACCUGACUACAAAAGUCGACAGUGUCAUGAAUGAUGUAUCCACUUUACCGGCUUUGAAAGCAGAUAUGUCAACUAUUCAGGAUAGAGUGAAAACAUCCGAAAGUAUUAUAUCAAAUUUCGCCGACAGCCUGGAUGACUUAGAGAACAGGUCAAGGCGUGACAACCUGAUUUUCCACGGGAUCAACGAUAAUUCCAACGAGACAUGGUCACAAGCUGAGAGCAAAGUCAUUAGUUUUUGCCAUGAUAACCUUGGGGUAUCUUUAUCAGACUCAGAUAUUGAACGUGCUCAUCGUCUUGGAAAGUUUCAAAAUGCACGUAAUCGCCCUAUCAUUGUCAAGUUUUCGAGCUUUAAAACGAAGCAAACUACACUCUCCAAUGGUUUUAAACUUAAAUCAACGAAGUUCUCUGUCGACGAAGACUUCUCUCUCAAUGUGCGCGUGGCUCGUAAACACUUAUUGACUUUCGCUAAGGCUCAGUCCAGUACAUUUAAACUUAACUUCAACAAACUGUAUAUCGAUGGAAAGUGCUACCGUUUCGACCCCGAUUGCUCCGCGGUUGUUGAGUGUAAGCAGUGA